AUGAAGGUGGAUCUCUGUGGACGACAGAUCCCACAUGCACGGGUGACAUCAUUGGAUGUUGUUUACGUAUGUCAUCGAUGCAAAAUGAUGCUUGCAUGUACUUUACGGUACAGAGUGAUUGUCAUUCAUGUACUAAUCAAAACAGAGUGUGAGUGA